CCCAGCUCCAAAGAGGACACUUAAUUCUAGUUCUAGUAGCAGCAGCAGCAGCUACUAGUACUGGUUCCUCGUGAUUAGUAUGAGUAAUUACUAGUAAGACGCAGAAGCAACGAUCUGCCUAUUGCCAGUACGCAGGAGUAGUUGUUGACGUGCACUGCAGAGCGGGAACGGAGUUGGAAAUUGUGGGGGGAGGACCGGAGUUUCGUAGCCGUCGGCGACGACGGACGUGGUCCUGCCCUUUCUCUUCCUUCCCUCCGCAUCUGAUCUGCCUGUCUGCGCUGCUCGUCUGGUCUGGUCUGGCCUGGCAACCCCCCUCCUCCCCUCUUCGGCCGCCUUUGCCUUUUGCCUUUGCAGCCUUUUUGCACCCUGCCUGCCUCCCCUCCUACCCUUCCUCCCCCUCCGCCUCCCACCGGCCCACCCCCACUCUCUUCUUCUCCACUCGGCCGGGCACUCUCCUUGCCCCGGCCUCACACCAUCACAUGUCCACAAUGCUGCCGUCCUCCAGAUCGAGAUCUGGGCCGAACGAGUCCCCCGUCAGCAGGGGCAGGCCGAGCACGCCAUCCUCCAACCACCGCCCCUCCACGCCGUCCUCCAACCACCGCCCCUCCACCCCGGGCGGCACCAGGAGGAGCAGCGUCGGCACGCCAUCCACGCCGCGCUCCCGCAGCAACGGCGCGGGCCCCUUCAAGUCCGAGCCCAACUCGCCGCCGUCGGCCGCCGCGCAGAAGCCCCGCCUCUCGUUCGACCGCUCCCCGAGAUCCGGGGACACCAAGCCCGUCGUCGAGCGCCGGGUGCCCAAGAUCGGCACGACUCCUGAAAAGCAUCUCCGGAGGGAGGCCGAACUGCAGGCGCGGCUUGAGUCCGCCCAGGAGGACCUGAAGAAGGCGAAGGAUCAACUGGCAUUCAUCCUCGGAGAGAGGGACCGUCUUGUCGGGGAGCUCAACGAGGCCAAGAGAGUCGCUGAUGAGACUCACGAGAAGCUCCAGGAUGCCCUCAUGGCCAAGAGGUGGGCCGAGGAGGCCACUGAGAUCGAGAAGUUCCGGGCGGAUGAGCUCGAGCAGGCAGGCAUCGACGAGGCGCAGAGGCGGGAGGACGAGUGGCAGAGGGAGAUUGAGUGUGUGCGUGGCCAGCAUGCCGCUGACUUGGAGAGUCUGGUCAACACAACGGAGGAGGUGGAGAGGCUCAGGCGUGAUCUUUCCAUGGCGAACGAGGCCAAGAAGGCUGCACUUGGCCACGCCGAUGAUGCAAUGAAGAUUGCUGAAGUCAAUGCAGAGAAGGUGGAGAUUCUCUCAAAUGAAGUUGUUCGCUUGAAAGGCUUGCUUGAUUCGAGUGCUGCCAGCGAAGAGAGUAAGAGCCGUGAAGCUGAGCUUCUUGUUAAGAAUCUGGAGUCUGAAGUUUCAUCUCUGAAAGGCAAACUUGAGGAGGCAAAAGUCCUUGAAGACAGGUUAGCCGACGCAGAAAAAAUGAUUGAGGAGCUUAAAUCAGAGAUAGCUAAUGCGCAGAAGGUCGAGGAAGACAUCCGUCAGCAGUUAGAAGAAUGGAAGCAGAAGUCAGUAUCACUUGAGAUGAAAUUGGAGGAAGUUACUCUAUCUGAGAAGUUCAAAAGUGACUCACUUGUUUCCACGACUGAAGAGCUGUACAAGAUCCAGUCGAUAUUGCAAGAUCGAGAAUCGGAAAUUGAAGUUCUUAAAGGAAAGACAACUGCCUUGGAAAUCGAGGUGACAAGGCUUUUAGCAGAUGUGACUGAUUCAAAUGAGCAUCUUGAUGCAUCACAGCAAGAGGUGUUUGGGCUGCAGACAACAAUAGAUGUUCUGAAGAACAAGCUUGAGGCUGCAGAGCUAGCUGCCUCAGAGGCUUUGGACAAUGAGAGGACUGCUACCACAAAGAUUGAAGUCCUGACUGAGGAGAAAACCAACCUUAUUAGUGAGCUGGAUGACGCUAGAGACAGAGAGGAGAGAGAGAAAAGGGCAAUUGAGGAUCUUACUGCUGCAUUGGAUAAGGUAACUGGUGAAGCACAGGAAGCACAUGAUAGGUGUCAGAAGAAAGAAGAUGAUUAUGAACAUGCCCUUGCGCAGAUAGGUGAUCUGAAGAUGGCCCUGAAGAGUAUGGAAGAGACUUAUGAGGUAAUGCUUGAUGAGUCAGAACAGGACAUAACUGGCCUAAGGGAAACUGUGGAGAAGCUGGAAGCUGAGGUGAGCAAGUACAGAGAAGAAUGUGAAUCUAAGGAGCUUGACCUUAUCACGGCUACUAAACAGUCUGAACAAGAAAUUGCUGCUCUUAAAGAAGAAGCGGAGCAUGUAUGUGCAUCCCUGCGAGGUGCAGAGCAGGAGCUUGAAGCAGUCAAUGAAGAGAAAGAGAGGCUUGAGGGGAAAUUGGCACGCACAGAAUCAGCCGUUGCUGAAGCCAACGAUGCUGUGCAGGAGGCAAAAGCUGAAAAUGAGAGGCUUCAAGAGAAACUUGCACACGUGGAAUCAGAGGUUGCUGAGGCCAACAUGGCUGCAGAGGAAUCUAAGAAUGAGAUCGAGAGGCUUCAAGAGAAACUGACAUACACAGAGUCGGCGGUUGCUGAAGCCAACAAGACUGUGCAAGAGGCAAAGGCUGAGAGUUCACAGCUGAAGGAGCGAUUACUUGACAAAGAGAAUGCAUUGCAGAGCAUAACCCAGGAGAAUGAUGAGUUCAGGAUGCGAGAAGCUGACGCCAUGAAGAAAAUAGAGGAGCUAUCUGCCCUGCUUGCCGAAGCCAUGACAAAGAAGCAUCCCGAGGAGGAAGAGAAGCUGGUGGUUGUUGAUGAGGCACACAAUUCUGGACGUGAAGCUAUCCGUUCUGUGGCAGAAAAUGAAGAUACAGAAGAAACUGACCAUAAGAAACCAAAGCUUGAAGCUGAUGCAGUCGAUACGAACUCCAACGGAGAACCGAAGCACGACGAGAAAGACGACAGCAAGGUGGAAGAAGAGGAGCUGAAGACUGAGCUCAGCCUACAGGAGAGCGACAGAGCUAGCUCUGAGAAGGAAGCACAGUCCGAAAACAGGAGACAAGAAACAGAACCAUCCAACGACGAGUUAGACCCGAAGAAGGACAGCAGCACCGAGAGCGCCAACGGAACGGCCGUGCCAGAGGAUACGGCAGCGACGACGACUAAAGCGGCAACGUCUCCUACGAAACCGCAGCAGCCGCAGCAGAAAAAGAACAAGCCUCUGCUGAAGAAGUUUGGGAGCUUACUGAAAAAGAAAAACAGCAAGUAGCCGAACGGUGGGCUGUACUACUACUAGUGUUGUUUUGAUUUUCUUCUUUCCUCUCCCUUUUUCUUUUUUUUUUCUUUUUGGGGUCUGUUUGACGAGGUGUUGUGCUUGCUAUGCGUCGUUUACCGCCAAUGCCUGUAUUUGUGGGUGAUUGGAGAAGUUUGUGGGUGUCGUGAAUUUUUUAACUUGGGGACCUAUAUGGUGUUGGCUGCUGCUGUCUACACGUUUGUGGCAGAUCCUCCCAUGUGUGUAAAUGGAGUUACUCUUCCUGAUCAGAAUGCAUGGCUAUUCGUUUC